AUGAAGGCCUCCGCUGUUCUCUCCCUCAUCGCCCUUGCCGGCUUCACCAUGGCUGCUCCUGUCAUCGACAACGACCAUCUCCCAGGCACUGGCCACAUCGUCCACAAGCGUGGCGGCGGGCACGACGACAAGCACGACUGGAAGCACGAGGAGAAGCAGCCCGCUACCGUUCUCGCGGAAGUCAACCUGCCUGUUGCUGAGGUUGAGAAGCCCCAGCCGCAGCAGUGGCACAAGCCCGCUCCCAAGCCUCAGCCUGUCCCCGCCAAGACUAGCGAGUACUCCAAGGACGCUGGCAAGAAGUGGGGCAAGGAAGGUGGUGCUUCCGGCGAGGAAGAUUACAAGAGCGUCCAGGACAACGAGUCCGCAUCCUUCAGCAAGAGCUACGGCGAGACUACCGACCACAAGACGGGCCAAAACUGGGGUAAGGAGGGUGGCCAGGAGUGGGAGAAGGAGCAGGGCAAGUCCCAGCAGUAA